CCUUGCACAACCACACAGAUCAUACAGUACCUAUAUUGUUGGCCUCCCUCACUCCUGUGAUAACCCUCUACAUCUUUUCUGCAACGAACCCUGGGACAGGCCAGGGUGAAUGGAAAACAACAAAUGCCGCAAAUCUCCUCUCUCGAUACCAUCAAUGCGGAACUCGAUGAACCUGCCGAGCAGGCGAUGGACUUCUUUCGAUGGGUGGGAUUACAACGGCAUGAAAGAACGUUUGCAGGCAGCGCUGGACAACAUCGACAAGCCUGCGCUUCUGCGCCAUGCCGAGCGUAUCAAGGGGCAAAAAGUCAUCAUGAGCGAGCCAUUCUCGGCGGGCCAGUACUGGAUUUGUUUCGAGAUGAUUGCCGAGGACGACAGCCUGGUCAUUGCCCGGGUCCGCUUGCCCCGCCAUCCCGAGGUGCCGGCUACCGUCAGAGAAGAGGAUGAAGCAUAUGGCAUCGCGUGCGAGGUCGCUACAAUGGAGUUUGUGAGGCAAGGACUGUCUGCAAUUCCUAUCCCUCGCCUAUACGCAUACGAGGGCCCGGGGUCACAGCUUGCUGCUGAUGUCGGGGCUGCAUAUAUGCUUUUGGAAGGCUUCUAUGGAAAUACCCUGCAAGAUGUCGAAUUCGAUAUUUGUAAUUUGCCAGUUGCAACACAAGAACACAUCAUGAUGCAGUGGACAACGGUUCAAGCGGAACUAGCCACUCUUGCAUAUCCUCAAAUAGGCGCUGUCUGCUCUAUUUCCCCGUCGGGAGAACCAGUUAUAGGCAGUUUAGCUGCUUCCUCCGCUGCAGAGCUCAGAGAUGCCGGUCCAUUCUCUAGAGCAGUUGAGUACUUCACUGCCGUUGCAAAUGCCGCGGCCGGCAAGCUGGAUUCAUCCACUAGGCUGGGUGCCCUGGUCUUUCGCGACAUUUUGGGCAAGACUACCCUGUUCGGAGACAUCGACACCGUUGAACAAUUCCCCCUCAACCAUAUGGAUCUCGGCACUCAGAACAUCAUCGUGGAUGAUAACUUCAAUUUUGUUGCCAUUAUCGACUGGGAGUUCGCGCAGACUGCUCCGUGGCAGGUCAACCGCUACCCUAUGCCGUUUCCUUUACUAGGACCAGACACCGAGGACAUUCUCAGAAAUCCUAGCCAUCUCGCGUACAAGAAUGUUUUACGGCAAGACGUUUCUCGACGAAUCUACCGCCAGAAGUUCCAAGAGGCCGAGAGGAAACUGAAGGAGGAGGGCCGAGCUCUUGAUGGGUCCUUUGCAGACACUUUGAAUAGUUCAGCAUCAAGGAUAUAUGCUUGCUUCACUAGCCUAGGUCGUUUACAGCAGGCUGAUAGGGGCCUCCUGCGUGAGAUGGUGCGCCUUGCCUUCGGGUUUGAUGCAGACAAAGUGGAGGAGUAUCUCUGGAAGCUAGAGCAGGGUGGCGAGUUAGGUGGGAGCGGGUAGGGCAGACUGUACAUUGAGGUUAGUCCUGGGAAGCUGGAUGGCGAAAUGAUCACUCCUGCGGAGCUUGCCGAUCAAGUACAAAUUAUUGGAUGUUGACGCGAUUUGGAAUGGAACCGAA